AUGACAAAAACUAAUCAACAAGCUUAUCUUGUAAAAGAACAAACACCAAAAACAUUUGAUAAUAAUGAUUUAAGUUCUAACUCCAAACAAAUGGAAAUUUUGAAAGAGAAAGACAUUUCAAGUUUUCAUAUAAUGAAAUAA